CACAAGCACCCGCGGCGAGAGGAGAGGAGAGAGGAGAGACCGUCGGCGUCGGAGUAGUGCUUACGUCUACGCGCCGCCGUGCCUAGCUCCAUGGCGAAGGGCAAGUUCAAGGGCAAGCCCACCGGGGAGCGCAGCUUCUCCAGCGAGGAGCAGAUCGCUGCGGGUACUUCAGCAGGUCGUCCAAAGACAUUUAAGAAGAAGCAAGAUGAAAAAGACGUAUAUGAUAGGAGUCAAGAAUCAGAUGAGGAAGCAUCUAACAAUUUCCAGAAGAAUAAACAUAAAGGCACUGAAGGUCUUAUCGAGAUUGAGAAUCCAAACCUGGUGAAACCAAAGAAUAUAAAAGCCAAGGACAUUGAUAUUGGUAGGACAACUGCUCUCUCCAGGCGUGAAAGAGAGGAGCUUGAAAAACAGAAAUCUCAUGAGCGUUACAUGAAGCUCCAGGAGCAAGGGAAAACUGAAAAGGCUAGGAAAGAUUUAGAGCGUCUUGCUUUGAUACGGCAAGAAAGGGCGGAAGCUGCAAAGAGGCGUGAAGAGGAAAAGGCUGCCAAGGAAAAGAGGAAGGGUGGCGCGAGCAAGUGACCUCCCAAACUAUGGAACAGACGAAGAUUUUUGGCCGGAGCUGUGAUAGCUGAACGUUGCUUUCGUGUGCUCUUUUUUUUUUUUAUCUCAAAGCUCACAGCUUUCGUGUGCUUCUGAUAUCACUUGAAUUCCUGUAUUUAUUCACCUUAGGAAUAGUAUUAUGCUCUAACUUAUGUAGAGUGGUUGUGCUAGAUCGCCAUAGCUAGAUAUAAAUUUUGAGCUUGGAGAUGUAGAAGUAAAACUUGGUGGUAGCAACUUUUGAGAAGAAUUCCCUACUUGUCCUUGUGCCACGGUAUUUGUGUUAUGAUAUUCGAGACUGCUAUUAUCACUUUGCUAAGGACCGAAUAAUUAACUUUGCAUUGAGCACUACUCGGCCAAAAGAACAUUGACAAAAACACUAAAUUGAUGGCAGGAAAUAGAGCUAAG